AUGACUCAACCAACUGCUCCUUCUCAUCACCGCCGUUCCCCUUCCUCUUGCCAUGCCAUUGCCUCCAAGACCAAGUCCUCUCGCCCGGCAUUGAACCGCCGAGGGACCUCGGCCGUCAACCUGUCUAUCUCCAAGCUGGGCUCUGGGCACGCAAGGGGAGCGAGCAAGUCCGAAGACAUCACCGAGUUUGAUAUGGCGGCCAGCUUUCUGAACUUCUGUGCCAUGUGCGAGAAGCAGAUUACCGUGCCGAACAACGCUCUGCUGUACUGCAGUGAAAGCUGCCGCCGCAAGGACUCUUGCAAGCCACUGUCUGCCUCGUGGCCCUCCAUGUCCCCCACUUCCACUUCCACAACAACACCUCCCACCUCUCCCCCUCUGUCUCCUCGCACCAUCGUCGCCCCCAUGACUCCCACCCGAGUCCAGAGCGUCCCGUCCAUCCGGAUACCCAGCGACCUGCACGACACUCGGGCAGAUCUCGACCCAACCGAAUGGAAGCCCGUAAUAACGGCCAUCCAUGGCCGCGGCCACAGCACGUCGUCCUCGGCGAGCCUCGCCUCCUCCGAUGCGUGGCACUACCUCUCCCAGUUCCACGGCGGUAAAGAAGCAAUGCUCGCCCGCCGCCCCAGCUCCAACCGCAGCACCACAAGCCUGCCCGCUCUGGUCGGCGGCGCGAGCGCGGGCCAAAUGCACAUGCCCGCUACCCCGUCCACGGUGGCGUCGUCAUUUAGCAGCACCGCCUCGGACGAUCUGGGAUCCAUGUACGAGUCGGCGCUGACCAUGCAGCAGCGCCCCCUCCCGCCGCGCCAUAAGCCGUGCUUCUCGAAUGGUGCCCCUGCCACUAAGGGUGUUGAGCUCGUCGUGCCCCAUAUCGCUGUCGUCUCUGCGAACGGAUCCAUCUCCAGCCCGAACGGGUCUCUUUUCAACGGUUCUGAUAGUACCGUCUGGGAAGACGGGCCGUGCGAGCAGACUUCGUCCCUGUCGGCGCCGAUCACCAUGAAGCGGGUCAAUCGUGCUUGA